AGUCACCAAAGGGUUAUGAGAAUUUUCAACCAGAACCUUCGCCUUCAAGACAUCGUCGUCAUGUACUUCACCGGUCUCGCUCUCCUCAUGGUCAUCAUGGUGGCGUCGUACCCAGCUCCCAGCAAUGCCGUGAAUGUCUCCGACCUCAAACCAGAAGCCUCUAUCCCUCUGCCCCCUCUCCCCAUGCCUUACCAAGUCUCCCUGGACCCACGUGGGGAACUUCAGCUGGCCUGGAACAUCAGCGACGCCAACCAGGAGGUGUACAUACGGCUGACGGCGACAGCAAAGCUCAAGUACGGGGUAGUUCUAGGGAUGUCGGACCGCGGGGAGCUGACCAACGCUGACCUGGUGGUGCUGUGGGAUUCUGGAGCAAAGACCUACUUUGGGGAUGCAUGGAGUGAUGCCAAUGGUCAGGUUUCACUGGACCGUCAGCAGGACUACGAGCUGUUGGAGGCCAAACAGAAUCCUGAUGGGAUCCAACUGCUCUUCAAGAGACCCUUCAGCACCUGUGAUCCAAGAGACUACCUCAUAGAGGAAGGAACUGUGGACAUCAUCUACGGUGUCCUGGAUCAACCUCUGGCCUCACUGGAGCAGCUGAAUCUGUUCAGCAUCCACACUGGGAUGCUGAGUAUAACGAUGCUCCAAUAUGGCAUCCCACCCACCCAGAUGCCUCCAGAUACGAAGUUUCUGGAUGUCGCGGCUCCAAACGUCACCAUACCAAGUCAGGAGACGACUUACUGGUGCUUCAAUCAGCAGCUGCCUGCAGACAUGCCCAAGAACCACAUUCUUAUGUUUGAGUCAGCGAUAACUCCAGGUAACGAGGACAUCGUACAUCACAUUGAGGUGUUCGAAUGUUUACCGGGCAUCGCCGACGUUCCACAAAACAGCGGCGCCUGUGACGACAUCAUGGCGGCCCCGAAGCUCAACUUCUGUAGUCCCGUGCUGGCGACGUGGGCCAAGGGUGCAGAGCCUUUCUACUUCCCUCCUGAUGUUGGGAUGCCCAUUGGUGGACCAGGAUCUUCAAAGAUUCUUCGUAUGGAGAUCCACUACCACAACCCUCUCCUUAUGUCGGGCCGUCGUGACUCAUCCGGGAUACGUCUGUAUUACACCCCCAGCCUGAGGCGAUAUGACGCAGGAGUCAUGGAGCUGGGCCUGGUUUACACUCCCCUCAUGGCCAUUCCACCAAAACAGCACAACUUCUACCUCAGAGGCUACUGCACCCCAAAGUGCACCGAGGCAGCUUUGCCCAAAGAAGGAAUCUUAAUAUUUGCAUCCCAGCUUCACGCCCACCUGGCUGGACGUGCGCUGAGGACGGUGCUGGUGAGAGGAGGCAAGGAGGUGGAGGUGGUGAAAGAGGACAAGCAUUUUAGCACCUACUACCACUCACUCCGAUAUCUCAAAGAGAGAGUUAACGUUCUCCCUGGUGACGCCAUCGUCACGAAGUGUACCUAUAACACAGAAGACCGGAGCAAACCCACUGUGGGAGGCAAUGGCUUCAUGGAUGAAAUGUGUGUCAACUUCAUUUACUACUAUCCCCGGAUUGAGCUGGAGGUCUGCAAAUCCAAUGUUGACCCCGAGUCCCUUCAGAAGUACUUCAGUUCCAUGAACAGGUUCCAGGGAAACGACCAGUGUGCGUGCAGUAAUGUGUCUGUGAAAGAGCAGUAUUCUCAGGUACACUGGGACAAAUUCAGUGUAGAAGAGCUGAAUUAUCUGUACAAAACGGCGCCCAUCUACGAGCAGUGCACCAAGUCCAACGGAGAGCUCUUACCCGGAGACUGGGAAAAGCAGCCGAUACCGAAGGUGACAACUGUCCUUCCACAACCUCACUAUCCCUGUGAAGGACGAGCAGCAUCCAACUGUCCACCCACAGUGUGAACAAGCAGGGAAGAUGGCGUCAACCGAGGGGGAAUUGUUGAAGUCGGAAGUGUCUGCUUAAAAUAAAGCUAAAUAUACUGUUCAUUGUGCAUUAAACAUUAUUUAUGGGAAUUGUGGGCUUGCAUGUGGGAAGCAAAAGACAAAUGAAUGCUACAGUGCUGCUAAUGCUAAUGUCUGUUGAUCUAAAAAAAAAAAAAGUACCAUUAACUCUAAUAAGAAAGACAUUUUCACAUUUACUGCUGUAAUGUUUUUGGUCAUUUCAUCACAUUAUUUGCAGUUCUUUAAGAGUUGUAGCUAUUCAUGGCUAAACAUUUUGUUUUUCUUGAGAUUUUUGUCACAGCUGUAUGCUAUAUUUAGCAAUUUCCAGCUAAUACUUCUUUAUUUACUUUUAGUUGACAUGUUGCUUGAAAGUACUGCUUCAGAGUUUACCUUAAUCUUUUAGCAGCUUUAUGUCUAUUGCUACUAACAUUAGCAUCAUUGUGACUUGUAGCAUUUCUUCUAUUUUUAACGAACGGAUGAUCUUACCUGUUUUGGUAACUAAGGUCUACAUGUAGGGUAAAGGGUAUAGGUUUGCAUUUGCAUAAUUUUCCUAUAUUUUUUCUUUCACAUAAUAAACAUCACAAAAA